UCCGCAUCAGUUUGAUCGCGACUAUUCGCUGCUUACAGCUGACAAUCUCACUCGUCUCUCCGACUCUCCCCUUUCGAGCAUCAACAUGAAGACUAUCAUCUUAAUUGCCAUGAUCGCCGCGGUGGCUUACGCCGAGGAGACUGCUCCAGCUGAGGUAAAGAAGCAAGAGAAGAGAGGACUCCUGGGUCUCGGAUACGGCGGUUAUUACGGUGGACUCGCAGGACAUGGAUACGCUGGAAUUGGAGGCUACGGAGCUGCCCCUCUCUACAACCAUGGCAUCGCGCCAGCAGCCUACUCGCACGCUCUGCCCGCAAUUUCCUACAGCCACGGAUACACUGCCCCCGCCGUAUACAACCCUUACCGCGUAGGAUAUGGUUACAACCAUGGCUUGGCCGGCUACCAUGGAUACAACGGCCUUGGUCUUGGUCUCGGACACGGCUACAACUAUCUCAAUGGUGGCCACUACUGGUGAACUGCGGCUCCAGCGGAUCCAGAUACCUCGUCUUCUCUUUCCAAUUUUCCUUCUCUCUUUUUUACUUUUUCAUCUUGUCUUCUUUUUUUUCUUCCAAAUUCCCAACGAGUGCGUGGCACUGAUAAGCCAAUAACCUUUCGAUCGAAUAUUAUUCUCUUUGGAUGUACGAAUCAGUUCCUUUUUCUACUUUUCAAAUAUUUUUCUCUCAGCUGUUGAUCUUUGCGAAAUUUUUAUACAUGCUUUCAGAAUUGUAUUUUUUCUAAAUAAAGAAUUAUUC